ACUUAGCAAAGUGAAAUGCGUUAACACAUUUGGUUGUAUUUGCCAAAUUUUGUUUGCUGGCCUGCUGCCAAAGGUAAAGAAAUGCUGAAAUAUGCAAUGAAAAUGGGCGUUUGUUUUGAAUUAAAGCCAUAAUGCAGCGUGAUUGUGUGUAUGUAUGCAUGCGUGUGCGUCUGUAUGUGUGCGUGUGUUCAUAUUAAAGGUUUGCAAUGCUGCUCUUUCUAAAUAUUCGCUGUCCACUGCGGCGAAACUAUAACUAAAUCGCUAUAAUAAUCCAAGGUGUUUGGGAACCUCCAUUAGCUAAAGUAGUCCAAAGUAAAAUAAAAUAUACUAUAAAUCGAAAAAAAUCAAAAACAAAAACAAAUACCUAUCGUAGACUCAUUAACCCCCUACCCAAGUAAAUAAGCAGCUGGUGCCGGGUGCAGGAAGCUCUAUAAAAUAACCAUAAGACUAACUCAGCAUGGUACGCAGCCGUCGCAGCCUCUCCAAAGAGGAUGUGGCCUCGGUGCUCACAGACAGUGGCAUUUCGCUCUCAUCGCCGCCGGCGACACGCGAAUUGUCGCCACAAGCGACAGGCAGCAUCAAGCGACGUAAGCGAAGUGUCAACAGUGUACAGGAUUUGUUUGCGGCUAAUGGGGAGCCAGAUGCCCAACCGGAUUUCUCUGAUGGCGACACGGAUGCCGAUGCGGAUUAUGUUCAGCCGGUGGCAAAGAGAGCACGCAAAGCGGACACAGGCAAACGCAAGCAGCACGUGUGCAGUCAUUGCUCGAAGGAAUUUGGUGGCAGGACAGAUCUGCUGCGGCACAUGCUCAUCCAUUCGGACCUGCGGCCGCACAAGUGCAGCGAGUGCGGCAAAUGCUAUCGCCAGGCCGUCAAUCUGAAGAAUCACAUCACCACCGCCCACGAGCGCAAGAAACAGUUCGCCUGCACCGAGUGUCCCAAAUCGUUUGCUCUAAAAGAGCGUCUCAAGCUGCACAUGCGUCUGCAUUCGGGCGAGAAGCCAUAUCCAUGCUCGCUCUGCGAGAAACGUUUUGCCCGCGGUGGCCAGUUGCAACAGCAUGUGGUAUCGCAUCACAAGACGAGCAUACAGCAAUUCAAUUGCACACACUGCUCGGCCAGCUUCUCGACGAAUGCCAAUCUGCGCGUGCACAUGGAACGGCACGAACAGGGCAUGGAAUACAGAUGCUUCAUAUGCGAGAAUGAGUUUCCAAACGAAUUGGCGCUGCGUACGCACAUCAAUCAGGAACACCACAAACUGAGGCAAUUUGAUUGUCAAAUAUGCCAGAAGACCAUCGAAACGGAUGAGGAUCUGGCCAGCCAUCUGAAGAAGCAUUCAUCGGUUAAGGCGCACGUUUGCGAGGUGUGCAAUUCGUAUUUCACCCAAAAGUCCCAGUACAACGUUCAUAUGCGAAUGCACACGGGAGAGCGACCAUAUCAGUGUCGGAUCUGUCAACAGACGUUUGCUCAUUCCAGCGUGCUGAAGCUGCACAUACGAAAGCACACCGGCGAGAAGCCGUUUCGCUGCCAGCUGUGUACGGAUGAGGUGGCCUUCUCGCAGCUGGCGCAUCUCAAGAAUCACAUGAAGAAGAUACACAAACAGCAGAAGCCCUACAUGUGUCCAAGCUGCCAUGAGUUCUUCAAGAUCAAAGUGGAGCUGCAGGCGCAUGCCGUACGGAGCACCAAAUGUCAGUCAACGGAGGAGCUCAACGAUGGAGAUCAGACAGCAGAUAUGCAGACACUAUCCAGCAUACGCUUCAACAUGGCCGUGGUGCUAAAGAAGAUUAGCUCGGCACAGAAGCUGCGUCAGCUGGGCUAUGAGAAGCGUUUAAUUGACAAUGUUAUCAUUGCCUCACUGAAACUCGCACAGCGUCCGUGCCAUGACGAUGCGACGCUGACACCUUUGGCUAGGCUCCGUCUGAAUGUGGAGGAGUUUCUCAAGUGGAUUGUGCCGGCGCAAACCAUGCAAAAGUUUCGAGAGGAACUGCUCUCGAUCGAUACGAUACUCGAUAAGAUUGCGACCAACUACAUGAAUCAAAAAUAGGUAACAACCAUUCUUUCUGCUUUUUAUCAGAGUAACUGUGCCAUAGAGAAAGAGAGAGAGAGAGAGAGAAAGAUAAAGUAAACAACGUUUAGAAUUAGUUCUUGCCAUUUAAUUUAGCUUACACCCAAUAAGUUAUCUAGAAAAUUCAACCAAAUGAUUUUGCCCAAAGAUAUGAAGAUGUUUAAGCACUGAACUUUGAAUUUACAUUCAUCAACUUAGUUUUACUAUUACCAAAAACAAAAAAAAACCGAAACAAAUGUUCCGUUUUAUGAAAACUUGCCAGAACAGAGCUUAAGGCUUUGAUGUUAUUUUAAGUUGAAUUUUGAAUACAUUCAUUGUGGCCAUGCUCAUUAACCUACAUUCAUAUGUAAUUGAGACGCAUUUGAAUUUCGCUGCAUUAGCGUUAGUAUUUAUUAAUUGCAGACCCAUUAUCGAUACCAAAUAUAAACCAUUGUGUAACCGCUAUGUAGACUAAGAAUUUCAAAUGGAAACCAUUAGAAUGUGUAAAACAAUAGCAAAACCAAAAUCCAAAUAUAAAAUUAAAUAAAUGGAAUUAAAUGUUGAAAA